AUGGCCCCCAUCAACGGCGGGAACUGGACCGCCAGAUUCAGGAUGUCAAAGGGCGACGGCAUCGCAGCAAAGGACGGCAGGAAUGCUGGAAUGUCGGGCGGCGUAGAGCAAACGGACACCCAGCUGCCCGGCGAGGAUCCGGCCUGUGAGUCGACUGUUCCAUUGCUGCUGGCGGGCGAUGGGCGACGGCGCCGCCUGUCGACAGGCUGGAACUCCGAGGGCCAUGUGCAGCUCAGGCCGUUGCGAGAGCAGCCGGCACAGCGCGGUUUCUUCUCAUCGCAUUUCUUGCGGCGUCGACGGCCUGUCACGGUUACCGGUCAGCACGGUAUCACGACAGAUGCGGGCGGCUGUUCUCACACUCCAGACACCCUGUUCGCGUUCGAAGUCUUGCCACGGAUGCAACGGUCAUUUGGCACGUCUCUGGGAGCUAUUCUCCAUCUCUUCGCGACAAGAGGUCCCGCUGCGAUUCAGCAGCAAGUCAGCUAUGAGUCUUCGGGUAUUCGCACAAGCUGGAGCUUCUUUUGA